AGUCGUUCAUCCAAGGCUGGUCUCGCUUUCCCCGUCGGUCGUGUCCACCGUCUUCUCCGCAAGGGCAACUACGCCCAGCGUGUCGGUGCCGGUGCUCCCGUCUACCUCGCUGCCGUUCUUGAGUACCUGGCGGCCGAAAUCCUCGAGUUGGCUGGCAACGCUGCGCGCGACAACAAGAAGACCCGUAUCAUUCCCCGCCAUCUCCAGCUCGCCAUCAGGAACGACGAGGAGUUGAACAAGCUGCUCGGACACGUUACCAUCGCCCAGGGUGGUGUUCUCCCCAACAUUCACCAGAACCUGCUGCCCAAGAAGACAGCCAAGCCUGGUAAGGCUUCACAGGAACUCUAA